AUGUUUAGUGCCGUGAGGGAUCAGCAUAGCGGGACCGCCCUUCGGGAGGAUUACAGUAACGAGCGGUACGGCCCUCAGAUGCUGCUGUUGUCGAGUCCCUUAAAUGGUACCGGGUCCAGCAAUUCUCGUGCUUCGUUCAACGCUGACAGGGCGUUGCUGACGGGCGAACCAACCGUCAGUGUGCUGCUCAUGACAACGUCCCACAGCUCGUUCGCUGAGCUUUCGCCGACGGCAGCCCAUUCCGAUGCGCCUACCGGAAUUCCGAUGGGAGGCAAUGAAUCCUCCUUUCAGCAGCAUCUACCCACCGUCCAUUUCCUACCAGAGACAACAUUGUCCCCGGUGCUUGACUUCGACCAACAAACGUUAACGUACUACGCGGAGGUGCUGAGUGUGAUCAACUUCUACUACGUCCCGGCGCUGGUGCUGUUCGGUGGCAUCGGAAACAUCUUGUCCGUGUUGGUGUUCUUCAAGACCAAACUGCGGAAGUUGUCCUCGUCGUACUAUCUGUCAGCGCUCGGGCUUAGCGAUACAUUCUACCUGAUCGGCCAGUUCGUAGCCUGGCUAAACCUGGUCGAUUUGAAGAUCUACACCCAGGAAAUCUGUUGUCGGUUCUUCACGUUCUCCAGCACAAUGUGCUGCUUCCUGUCGGUGUGGUUUGUGGUCGCCUUUACUGUCGAACGGUUCAUCGUCGUGUUGUAUCCUCUGCGACGCCAAACGAUGUGUACCGUGCGCCGGGCCAAGAUCGUCAUCCUCGGACUAACAAUCACUGGAAUUUUCUACAAUUUACCGAUCUUUUUUUUCGCCUCGUCGCAAUUCUCUCCUUUGAUUAACGAUACAAUCUGCGACAUCGUGCUGGAGUACAAAGAUCAAGCGGCGAUUUUUCACUUUCUGGACUUUAUACUGGUGUUUGUGGUUCCAUUCACGAUAAUCGUCGUGUUGAAUACGAUCACGGCGCUGACCGUGUGGAAAUUCGCCAGCAUCCGGCGCACAAUGACCAUUCCUCGCGGUUAUGGUGCAAACGUGCGCGAAUCCCGUCGACAGCUGAACAUAUCGAACAGUCAGCUUUUCGGAAAUGGGGCCGUGUCCGUCCAACAGAUACAACUCUGCAGUCGCGGCCGAGUAGGGAACUCGCAAAUCAAGGUUACCAAAAUGCUGCUUAUCGUGUCGACCGUGUUUGUUUGUCUUAACCUCCCGAGCUACAUAAUACGAGUGAAGAUAUACCUCGAGACGGAGCACUCAAACAUAUCAAUAUACCUGGUUCAAAACUGCUGUCAACUGUUUUUCAUGACGAACUUCGGCAUCAACUUUAUACUGUACUGCGUGAGUGGGCAGAAUUUCCGGAAAGCGAUAUUUAGUAUGUUUAAAAAGCGCAGUCAGCGGCAUAUAAAUCUUGAGCACACUUCCGGUACGCAGGUUACAGAGUUCGUCCUGCGCUCCAACGGCUCCAAGAUGCGAAGAAAUACAACCAUAUCGGACACCGCAGACGCGUCAACUUGGCGGGAACUUGCCGACUAUGAGAUUACAAAUUUCAUUAAGUAGUAGGGUUCGU